CUCAGUGGCAAAAAAAAAAAAAAAAGCGAAAUAUCAGACUUCUGACAAAAAAUAAACAAAAAAAGUCAGAUUUGCAAGAUUCUGUGGCGGAAAUAAGCUUCCAUACAGAUCAGUGGUCCUUCUGUACAGAUUUUUAACAUUUGAUUUCUUCAGCCCUGAAUAUGGUGACUUUUGGGAAUUAAAGAAGAAACUGUGUGCUUGGCAGGAAUAACUUUACGCAUUAAUCCGGGAAUGCGUUCUGCAAGCAAAGUCGAGGUCACGUGACGCCUGUAUUUAUUCAGUUGAUUUAAAAUUUCAAGACGUAAAAAGUAUUGCAGUCACAUUGAUUAAAAACAGAACAAAAUAUACAUUAAAUAUAAAUUGGGAUUCAUGUAAAUAUACGUUGGGAUUGAUGGUAGGCUACGCCGCUUAACAAACGGCCUAAAUAGCGUCGCGGGGUCACGUGAUGCCAAAGCAGCUUUUCCGCGCCAAAUUGGUCGCAUUCAUUUAGCUGCUUACCUCAGCCGCGAAAAACACAUUUAAUGAUACUCCGGUGCGUCCGAAAUCAGUGGCUGUUUAGAAAGAAUUUGACGCUACAGAACGAUCUUCAAAUAGUGCAUCUUCAAAUCUUAUUGGCUGUUGGCUUGGCCAUUCUCUGUUUCUGUCUGGUGAUUGGCUGCAUCAUCUGCCACUGGCUUCAUAAGUCCCGCCCUACAGAUGAUAAGGAGGCGGGGCUUUCCUUACCUCCUCUACCUGCAGAUCAUGUGACUCUAAGCCCCUCCCCUUCCAUCAACACUCUGCCAAUCAAACAGCAGUACGAAGAGCUAGACGGAGACGUUCUGGACUAUCCCUCAUUUAACAGCAGCUCGACGCCGUCAGAAGACGAUCUUUCUUUACCAUCUUAUCCUCUUAAGCCUCGUUUCAAUCUGCGGCGGCUCAGCUCCCCCGCCGUUCCAUACAAACCCUCUAAACCUGUCCGUGGUCGUUCGUCGCUCCCAACCAUUCCUAAGCUCGGCCUGGUUAGGAAGUCGCGCCGGGUGGUUGAUCACAAAAGCGGUGAUAACGUUUCGUUUUCGGAAAGGAGCAGGCUUAACGCCGAUAGUGGCCGACAUUAUGGCUCCGGCUCUCACAAACCCACACCUUCCCUUCACUUCACCCUUCUUUUCUCACCAGCUGAGGGCAAACUCACCGUCACCGUUCUAGGUCUUUACCGGGGCUCUAGGAAACUGAGCGGGACUACGGUGAGGGCCUGUCUGCCUCCGCUCUGCCCCACGCCGCUUCAGGGUGGCCCGACACGCAGACACAGCCUCGGUCCGGAGGCUCCAGCGCAGGUGCUCCAGCUACAGGUGAGGUCAGCAGAGGAGCUUCAGCGCUGCAUGCUCAGACUGACCGUGUCCAGCAGGGAUUUCUCAGGUCUGAGAGAGACGACUAUGGGUGAACUCGAACUGGCAUGUGCUGAAAUCCACUGGGAACCCGACUGCACCGUCACCUUUAAUCGUCAACUCAACCCUGUGAGGAGGAGGCUGAGGAAGAGUCAGAGUUCCCAGGAUGCAGUGGGGGCCGUCGGGGCUUCUGUUUGUCCGGUGCGCUUUCUGGGUCAGAUCCUGAUUCUGCUUCAGUAUCAGACGCUGGCGCAUCGCAUGAAGGUGAUGGUGAGGAAAGCUGAGAACCUCCCCAAACUCACCAGGAUGCCUGGCACUCCAGAUCACCAUGUCGUCAUCAACCUGCGUCAGGACGGUAAUGUCAUCAGCACUAAGGAGACGAAGAGUGCCAGUGGAGCGAACGCGGUUUGGAACGCACCGUUUCUGUUUGACCUGCCGGCGGGUGACAUCCUCCGACUGCCGCUGCUCCUGGAGCUCCUCGUGAUGCAGGGAAGGCUGUACACGAAGAGUUGCAUUCUGGGUUGUGUUCUGAUUGGCUGCGGAGGUUCUGAAGCGGGAAACCGGCACUGGAGUGAGAUGUGCAGCAGGGCACAGGAGGAGACGGCAUGCUGGCACGAACUCCAACCAAACUCCUUAUAGGCCGGCAAAGUUUGAUUGACAUGCCCCUGAGCCAAUCGAAUCGCUCUCUGUAACACUUCUCAUUUCCUGAUGGAUUUUGGGAUGGAACUGCAGAACCUGGUUUGAGGAGACUUGAGGAAAGAUUGUGUUGUGUUGGUGUCAUUAUGACUCGUUAACUAAAACAUCAGAUGCUGCUUUGCACUAGUGAAGUGAUCGGUGUUUCUGCUGCUGCUGUUAACCAAAACACGUUUUUAGUAAUUGAAAUGAAGCUAAAAUAAAAUGUAAAAAAAUAUUGGAUGAAAACCCUUAAUUAAACUUUUUUUUUUUAAUUAAAAAUGAAAAAUGUUACUAAAACAGAAUUGAAAAUAACGUUAAUUAAAAGUUUAAAAAUAAUAAAAAUGGCAAAAGCACAUUAAAAGUCAAAUAUAACAAUAUAAAAAUAAAAAGCUAAUUCAAAAUAUGAAUAAAUAAUAUAAUUUUACAUAAAUAAUAACAUAGUGAGAUUAAUGUUCUCAAUCAUUCUAAAUGUAAAUUUGAUUCAGACCUGGACAAUCGUAUGACUUUUGUGUUUGUUUGAUUAGUUUAUAUCUAUCUAUUCCUUACACUGUAUAAGACAUCAAAUGAAGGUGAUGAUUUAAAAGAUGAGUCGGACUGACCAGAACCCAUCUGGAGCUGCAGGCAAACUGUGUAGAGAUGUGUAGAGUUGAAAUGUGAGAUUCAGAACGGAUGCAGCCAACUAUUAAUGAUCUGGUCAGGAAGAGUUAUGAAUUUCACAAUCCACUCAGUUUGCAAAUCUAGCUAUUUUUAAACCCCAAAUACUCACUGAAGUGGAAACCAGCAGACUGUAUUUUAAUGCAAUUCCAUGCAUCAGAACGUCCUUAUUAUGCGGCUUAUCUGUGUCUUUUUCCUCAGUGUUUGUUUUUCUGCAUUGGCGAAAGAAGAUUUUGAUGUGCAGAUGGAAAGUUCAGUGUUUUCACAUGCUUUCCAAUUAACACAUGCUAACACAAAAGCACAAAAUAAAUAAAAAAUAUUAUUUUAAACUUUAGUGCUGAGCUCAGAGGUGUGUCCAUGUAGUUUUUUGAAAGUACUGGAUAACUUCACAACUUUAAGCUGAGAAGUUUCUCAGUGUCUUCAUCUGAUUUGGGUGAACGUCAUUUUAAACAUUCAUUGCAAGUACUGUCCUUUUAUUUAGGUGGAAAACCUUGAUGCACCUUUAAAUUGCUGAUAAAAAUGUAAUGUUUAACUCGUUGUUUUUUAAAGCAUAUCUGUGUUGUAUCAUUAUGGGCAUUUGUUUCUUUGGUUCUGUGUAAAUGCUGCAUCAGGAAUAGUUCACUCAAAAAUUAGAAUUUGUUGAAAUGUGUUCACCCUCAGUUCAUACGAGAUCAGGAUGAGUUUGUUUCUUCAUCAGGUUUGUAGAAAUGUAGCAUUGCAUCA